GAAAAUCCCAGAGAUUCCAAAAGAAAGCUACUGGAGCUGGUAGAAGGAUUUAGCAAAGUGGUGGGGUAUAAGAUUAACAUACAAAAAUCAGUCGGAUUCUUCUACACCAACCAAGAGAACUCCAAAAAGAAAAUCAAGGCAGUUAGACCUUAGGGUGGCUCCUGGUGGCCAUGGCCUUUACCCUGUACUCGCUGCUGCAGGCAGCCCUGCUCUGCGUCAAUGCCAUCGCCGUGUUGCACGAGGAGCGCUUCCUCAAGAACAUAGGCUGGGGAACAGACCAGGGAAUUGGGGGCUUCGGAGAAGAGCCAGGAAUUAAAUCUCAGCUAAUGAACCUUAUUCGAUCUGUAAGAACCGUGAUGAGAGUGCCACUGAUACUAGUAAACUCAAUUGUAAUUUUAUUACUUUUGUUAUUUGGAUGAAGACCAAUGGGGGAAAUGGAGACUGAGAAGAAGAGAUGCCAGCAGAAGUUAUUACUUCGGUCAUUAUUGGAAAAUAGAUAUCUUAGCUGGCCAACCUUGCACUUGACAAAAACGUAACGCUGACAAUAAAACAAGAGUUCUUGUUUAUCUGAUUUUUUUUUAAUGUUGCACUUGUAGUUUCAUUACAAAAAGAUCAGAUUAAUAUAACAAAGACGGUAACUACCCAGGAUUGAAAUACAUUUGAUAGCUGAUUGUUAAUAAUAAUAGUCCAUGCUGUGGUAAAGGCUGGAAAGGUGCAAGACUGUCACAUCUAAGUUUGCAGAGAUUUUUCUAUCUCAUUACUCAGGGAUGAAUUUUUUUUUCAAAUUUUUAAAGUUCCUUAUGACUUAGCUGUGAUGUAAGAGUGAUUAUCCCUGAGAUACAGUUUAAAGGCAUUUUUAAAAGUAAUUACUACAUACAAAAUGAUAAAUAAGUAAUUUAGAUAAUUUUAUUUUGAAAUUUUUGGUUAAAUAUUUUGAGUAUAGCCUCAGCUAUGAAAAAUUUAAAUUUACUAUAACUGUUAGGGAGAAAUACUCCCUGAUUUCAGGGAGAAUUCUAAUUUUCUAAGUCAGUACGUCACAUAAUUUGAUGAUUGUGUUUUUGUUUUAAGUUCUUUUCAUGAAUUUAUUAAUUUUCCUGAAUGAUGAGAUUAAACCAACAUCUACAUAUUUUCACUGGUAGAAAAACCUGUGUAGAAAAGUCUGUGCCCUUUUACAAUGAUGACGUAUUUUUUAAAGUCAGCAUAAGUGUUAGCCCACAAGAGCAAUCCUAAACAAUCACAAUUAAACUAUGCUGUAUAGGAAGAUAAUAUUUAUUGUGAAGCAUUGACUUCCAAAAAAAUUAUCCCAUGUUUCCAUUUCUUGGUGGAGUAAGAUAUUAUGGUGUGAUUCUUAAUUUUUCAUUCUGCAUGAUAAAAGAGCAUUUGUGCUGGAUAAAUUGUUUUUUUGCUUUAUUUUUAUGUCUUAGACCAUCCUGUGAGGUUAUUUGCUCAUUCCAUAAUACAGUUUUAUGAAAAAAGUUAAAACUAUGUAAAUAGUUUUUGUGGAAAUCAUCAGUUACAGUAUUUUGAACAGCUGGAAUGACAUCUUUGUUUAUAGGAGAACAUUUAUAAAUAAAGUUGAAUUUCCAAGUCAAGCAUUUGUUUUUAUAUCUUAGUAUAUACCUGUCAGUGUUGAUUGAAUUAAUCUCCGUUUUGUAACACAUCUUAUUUUUCUUUGCUAUAAAAUCUCUGAGCAUAUAUUUAAUGAAAAAAAGAAAAGAAAAUCAGGAAAAUGACACCAUUUAUAAUAGCCCCUCAAAAGACAAAAUACUUAGGAAUAAGCCUAACUAAGAUUGCUAUGAGUCAGAAUUGACUUGACAGCAACAAGUUAACAGGAGGGACGCAAAAGACAUAUACAAAGAAAAUCACAAAAAGCUACUGCAAGAAACCAAACCAAAAAAAAAAAAAAAAACCCAUUGCCA